AUGGCAGCUCCAAAGCCUUCUGCACCUUUCCAGCUUCUGGAUCUACCCCCGGAGAUCAGACACACCAUCUACGACUUCGUGAUGCCACUUGACAAGGAAACUAUGAUAGAGUACCCCGACUGGGGCUCGCCAUGGAAUUUGAACCGCGGCUUGCAGACGAUCCGCAGUCUCAUCAAAGUCAACCGUCAGAUCUACACCGAAGCCAGCUCGUUACUCUACGGCCAGCUUGAGUUCGUAUUCGGCCGACUCUGCUGCUUCAAACUCUGGAUGAGCAACAUUCGGGAGGCAAAGCACCGGGUCAAAGAGGUCAGCUUUGCGGGCCAGGGACUAGUACAGAUCCGCAGCGUCCUCCACGAACUCAAGUCCAUUCCCGCCACUCUACGAACUGUUACCUUUCUUGUGAGACGCCGAUUCUAG